AUGAAUGACGACAAUUUUAAUUAUGAUAUGGACCACCAGUUUAUUGAAGAAGCUGAAGUAACAGAAGACUUCAAAGAAGCCGAUGGAGCUGUAAAAUCAAUAACACUUGAAAGCCAUGAAGAAAAUGAGAUGGAAAUUAAUGGUGAUAAAAGAGUGUGGGUAAAAGCUUCAGAUGAAUUGCUUUCAGAUCAAAUUAAAGAAGAAAUACAGGAUUGUGAGUACCAAACCAUUGUUGAUGUUAAAGAUGAAAUAGAAGAAGUUGAAGAAGAAGAGAUUAAAACACCAACAAUAUAUGAGGCAAUUCCACCACCACCCCCAGCAAUUGACAUUCAAGCGAAAAAAGUUGCCGUAUCAAAAGUUAAUUUCAAACCAGCGAAAAAGCCUAGGGGGCGUAUGGGUCGUAGACCUAGACCUAUAUUGCCAAUGACCCGGCCCAUAGCUUCUGUGAGUACUCCGCACUUGGAACAGGCCUCAACUCAACACCAGUUAAUUAUGCCUUCAACUCAAAUGCCUGGGAUUGCUUAUCAAAUUUUUCUGGGUGAUCAUGGAAAAAACUCAAACAAUCCAGUUCAAUAUACAAUGUUACAGCCACGACCAGUGUUUUUACAACAAUCUCCGUCAUCCGUCAGCAAUACUUCACCAGUGGUGAUAAGCCAAUCUUAUCCAAUGACUCGAUCCCAAGUUCCAUGUCCUAAAGUCCCCAAAAUUGCUCCUAAAAUUGUCAGUCAAACUUACUGUUCAUUUUGUUACAAACUUUUUAAAAAUAUGAAUGAACAUGUUAAAGAGUGUUGGGCUAAUCCAGCUAGUAAAAGCUAUAAGUUUAGAAAAAUUGCACCGUCUACUUCGUGUUAAACAAUUUCAUUAGAAUGAUAUGUUUUAUUAAUAAUCAUUUAAAUGUUUUUUUUAUUAAACUACUAUUGAAAAUUGUUGUAUCUAUAUAGACAUUAUAACAAAUUUAAAAUGUGUAUGAAUAUUUUUACAUGACGUGUUUAAAAUUAUAUUAUUGAAUUAUCAUUAACAAUUGAAUUUCAAUUAGUAUGUGAUGAUUUUACUUUCAUGUAUUAGAAAUAAGUAGAAACUUCUUGUGAUUUAUUGAAUAACAUUAACUAAUAGUAUUAUAAAAUGGAAUCUGACUUAACAAAAACUAUCUGUUCAAAAUCAAUAAUAAUUGUGUGUUUUGUAUUACUUAUUUGUAAAUAUUACUAAUCAUCAGAGUAAGUGGCUAGUGCUAUACAUUACUGAUUACUUAUUAGUUAUGAAAAACAAAUAUAUCUGUGUGUCUGGUAUUAAAAUAACAUUAAAUAUUACCGUAAGUUAUU